AGCCGCUCUCUGUCCAUGAUAUUCGGUUCGAAAGAUCGACAGCCUUGUAGGAUUCCAAGCGGGCUGUCCAUGAUAUUCGGUUCUACAACAUAUCGAAAUGCUGCUAGGACAUCGGCAUCUACUUGUAUUGUAGACAGUGUCGGUAAAGAAGGAUACGAAAAACAUCGUCGUUCUUCUAUUCUUUAAAACAAUCUAACGUGACAUAUCUAAAGCUCUUGUCAAGAGAAUGCAGUCGCUCCAAUUAUGUGCUCGUAUCUAUCAAUCACGUAGCCUGAUUAUACUUCAACAAUUGUUCCCUCGCUACUCCCUGUCAGUACAACUGAGGAAG